AUGGCUUCUCUUGAGAUUUUAUCAUUGGCUAGUUGUGGACUCACAGGCACGCUGCCUAACCAAGGACUGUGCAAGCUGAAGCAACUAAAAGAGCUGUAUAUGAACAACAAUGACCUAAGGGGUACCUUGCCCUGGUGCUUGGCCAAUUUGACUUCUCUUCGAGUAUUGGAUAUCUCUUUCAAUGAAAUUAAUGAAAGCAUCUCCUCAUCACCCCUUAAACAUCUAAUAUCCAUCCAAUAUCUUUUCGUGUCACACAAUCACUUCAAAAUCCCAAUUUCACUUGAACCUUUUUUCAACCAUUCGAAACUCAAGAAGUUCUAUGGUGAGAAUAACCAAAUAUUUAAAGAAAUUGGGUCGCAUUCUUUGGCCCCACGAUUCCAAUUAAAUUCCUUUGUAUUAGGUGGUUAUGGAGAUGGUGGCACAUUUCCCAAAUUUCUUUAUCAUCAAUAUGACUUGGAUGAAGUUGAUCUCUCUCACUUAAAUUUAAAGGGAGAAUUUCCAAAUUGGUUGUUAGAGAACAACACAAAACUAGAAACGCUUCUUCUAGUCAAUAACUCCCUUUCUGGACCUUUCCAAUUGCCAAUUCAUCCUCACCAACAUUUAACAAGUUUAGAUAUCUCAGUCAAUAAAUUCUACGGUCACAUUCCAAUAGAGAUUGGGGCAAAUCUACCGAGGUUAAUAUUUUUAAACAUUUCUAGAAAUGCGUUUCACGGUAGCAUUCCAUCUUCUAUUGGUGACAUGAACUCAUUGGAAAGUCUAGACUUUUCCAAUAAUAAUUUUUUAGGUGAAAUACCUGAACAUUUGGCCAUGGGUUGCUUCUCAUUGCGGUUGCUAGCGUUAUCAAACAACCAUUUGGAAGGUCACUUAUUCUCUAGAAAUUUUAAUCUGACAAACUUGAUGUGGUUACAAUUGGAAAACAAUAACUUGACUGGAUAUAUCCCAGAAAGUUUGUCUAAUUGCUCUUUGAAAGAAUUGUAUCUUGGCUAUAACCAUUUUAGUGGUAAAGUCCCAGGGUGGUUGGGAAACAUGUCAGAUUUGGUAGAUUUUAUAAUGCCCAAUAACCAUCUUGAAGGUCCAAUUCCAAUGGAGUUUUGUAAACUUAAUUUUCUUGAAAUUUUGGACCUUUCAGAAAAUAUAAUCUCCGAGUAUUUACCAUCUUGUUUUCAACAUUUUGAAAUCAAACAGGUUGAUUUGUCGAGAAAUAGGUUACAAGGACAACUCAAUGAUACAUUCUAUUAUAGCCUUUCUUUGGAGACAUUAGAUCUUAGCUACAAUUUCUUCACUGGUAACCUUCCAAACUGGAUUGGCAGGCUUUCUCUAUUACGUCACCUCAUCUUGGCUAACAAUAACUUGGAUGGUGAACUGCCUUUGCAAUUGUGCGAGUUAGACCACUUACGUAUUGUGGAUCUUUCUCAUAACAAGUUUACAGGUUUCAUUCUUCCUUGCUUAAAUAUGAGUGAACGCUAUAACAGAGGUUACUAUGCUGCAACUUCAGCUUCUAGUUUUCCGCAUCAAGUUCCUGCUUACACAUACUUUUUGGGUGAGACUCUUGUAUCUGCAUCUGGAAUUGAUCUUUCUUGCAAUAAACUAAUUGGUGAAAUUCCUCAUCAGAUGGGAAACCUUACUAUGCUCCAUAGUUUAAACUUCUCGCAUAACAACUUGACAGGUCCAAUUCCUUCAGAACUUUCAAACCUCAACGUAAUUGAGAGUUUGGAUCUUUCCUACAAUAACUUGAAUGGUAAAAUCCCUCCUAAGUUUGUUGAGCUUUCUAAUUUGGCGGUUUUCACAGUAGCACACAACAACUUAUCAGGUAAGGUCCCUGAACGCGUUAACCAAUUUGCAACAUUUGAGGACAUUUGCUACGAGGGAAACCCCUUGCUUUGCGGACUUCCUUUGUCAAAAAUAUGCAAGGAAAUUGAAUCACCUCCAACUUCAGUAGUUGAUGAGCAUGAAGAUAGUAACUUCAUUGACUGGGGCAUGUUUUACAUUAGUUUUACAGUGUCUUACAUAAUUAUGCUCUUGGGGGUUUUUGUUGUUCUGUAUGUAAAUCCUCGUUGGCGGCAAGUAUGGUUUUAUCUUGUCGAAAAGUGGAUUACUUCCUCCUACUAUUUCAUUGUAGACUAUUUCCUUUGACAAUUUGUGAUCAAAAUAUGUCCUUGCAUUAUAUGUACCCUUAAUUUUCUAUUUUAAUUCGAAUCAUUCAGUAAGCAUAUUUUCAACAACAAACUGUCGGGUAAAAUUCCUCCUCAAAUUGGUAACCUUACCAGGAUUGUUACACUAAAUUUAUCCCACAACAAACUGACAGCGUCCAUCCCAAAGACAUUUUCAAACCUUAAGAAAAUUUACUGGCGAUGGGUGUGGUUUUAUCAUGUUGUAGAUCAUCUCGC